GCGCCGCUGUGUGAUAGAUCACUCUGCCGUUCCCCGCUGCCGCUGCUCCGAAGGAGGUGCUGAAACCAUAUAGAUCUCGCUCUGUUACCUCUACCACCGCCGGCAUUUGCAGCCAUUUUACACAAGCCGAACGGAAUCAUGUCGUGAGGCAUCACAUCACCUGGGACGACCGGACCCAGCUACGUCUGGACCGCGACAAGUCGACAAGAUGGUGAAGCGGAAAAGCCUGGAUGAGACCGACACGGAGUGCGGCAAGGGUAUACCGUUCCCGAUCCAGACCUUCUUGUGGAGGCAGACCAGCGCGUUUCUGAGGCCGAAGUUGGGGAAACAAUAUGAGGCAUCUUGUGUGUCCUUUGAGCGGGUGCUGGUGGAAAACAAGCUCCACGGUCUCUCCCCGGUGCUGUCGGAGGCCAUCCAGAGCAUCUCUCGCUGGGAGCUGGUCCAGGCCGCCCUGCCCCACGUGCUCCACAGCACCGCCAUCCUGCUCUCUAACAGGAACAAGCUGGGUCACCAGGACAAGCUGGGCGUGGCGGAGACAAAGCUGCUCCAUACCCUCCACUGGAUGCUACUGGAGGCGGCCCAGGAGUGCAACCAGGAGCCCAGCCUGGGCCACGGAUGGUCGGGGGGCAGCAGCAGCUCAGCCUUCCUCCAGCCAAUGGGGAUUGGGAACCAGGGUUCCCCGCCAGCCAGAGGUGGCCAAGGUGGCCCAGGAUCAGGCACCGGUUCUGGGUCAGGAGCGCCACGCUGUAGCGGGUCCCUGGAGGAGGAUGAGCACGCCCGCACCAAGCUCUUCCACAAGAGCAUGGCCACUGUGGAGCUGUUUGUCUUCCUCUUUGCUCCCCUCAUUCACCGCAUCAAGGAGUCUGAUCUGACUUUCCGAUUGGCCAGUGGUCUCAUCAUAUGGCAGCCAAUGUGGGAGCACCGGCAACCUGACGUCCCCGCCUUCUCUGCCCUCAUCAAGCCUGUGAGGAACAUUGUGACAGCCAAGAGGAACUCCCCGGUGAACAACCAGUGUAGCCCCUGUGGGUCCAGAAACCAAGGCCCCAUGGGUUUCCAGGUGGUCUGUGAAACGGCCCAAUCAGAUUCAUCCUCCCCCGGGGUUGGAGAGCAGAGCUGUCGCCGCGGCAACUCAGUGGAAAGAGGUGGGCCGUCAACGCGACAGGCUCCACUCGACAAAGGGAUCGCCAAGAAGAAGACCUCUGCCCCAGCGGGCAUCUCCGUCUCCCUGGCCCAGCGUGCCCGCUACGCCACCUACUUUGACGUGGCAGUCCUGCGCUGCCUGCUGCAGCCCCACUGGACGGAGGAGGGGGUGCACUGGGCCCUCAUGUUCUACCUGCAGCGCCUGCGUCAGAUCCUGGAGGAGCGCCCGGAACGCCCGCCGGAGCCACUGGUCCCGCCCCUGCCCCGCCCUCGCAGCAGCUCCAUGGUGGCCACCGCCCCCUCUCUCGUCAACACCCACAAGACUCAGGACAUGAGUCUGAAAUGUAAUGAGGAGGAUAAGUCCCUCAGCUCAGAGACCUUCUCUAAGGUGUCCCUGACCAACCUGCGCAGACAGGCUGUACCCGACCUUUCCUCUGACCUGGGGAUGAACCUCUUUAAAAAGUUCAAGAACCGGCGGGAGGACCGUGAGCGUAAGGGCUCCAUCCCGUUCCACCACACGGGCAAGAAGCGCCAGCGCCGCAUGGGUGUGCCCUUCCUGCUCCACGAGGACCACCUGGAUGUGUCCCCCACCCGAUCCACCUUCUCCUUCGCCAGCUUCUCUGGCGACGACCGGCGGGCGCUGGAGCGCGGGGGCUGGCAGGCUACCAUCAUGGGUAAAUUGACGCGGCGAGGGAGCACAGACACGGCUGCAGACACAGACAACCUGAGUGCUAAACACUCACACUCCCAUCACUCCCUGCUCAGAGACAUGCCAGACCACUCCAACAGCCACGGAGACAACACCGUUCACGCCAAGGGGGAGGUGCGUUCACAGAUCUCCACCAUCACCAUGGCGACGUUCAACACCACAGUAGCGUCCUUCAACGUGGGCUAUGCCGACUUCUUCACCGAGCACAUGAAAAAGCUGUGUAACCCUGUACCCAUCCCAGAGAUGCCCCACGAGACGCUGGCGUGCGCCAACCUGCCCCGGAGCUUCACCGACUCGUGUAUCAACUACUCGUGCCUGGAGGAGGGAGACAACAUCGAGGGCACCAACAACUUCAUCCUGAAGAAUGGCAUGCUGGACCUUACGGCCAUCCUGCGGGCGGUCUACGCCGUGCUGACCCACGACAUCAGCUCACGGAUCUGUGACGUGUCGCUCAACAUCAUCGACUGCCUGCUGCAGCUGGGGGUAGUGCCGGGCAUGGGAAAGAAGCUCUCCAAGCCCGACGACAAGGAGAACGAUGAGACACGCCUCCCGAAGGAGGGGGCCAAUCAGAGCCUGAGCGGCACCCAAGGGGGCGUGUCUGGAGGGUGCAGCGGGGCGGCACCAGGAGGAGGGGGUGGAGGAGGAGGAGGAGGGGGGGAUGGAGGAGGAGGUGGAGGAAGUGGAGGAGGGAGCGGAGGAGGGAGUGGAGGAGGAAGCAAGGACGACAUGAAGAACAAUAAGGAGAAAGACAGCAAGGAGGACGGCUCUUCACUGAGUACCCACAGGCUGGCUCUUACCAUGCUGAUCAAGAUGGUCAAGUCUCUGGGUUGUGCCUACGGCUGUGGGGAGGGCCACAGAGGACUCUCAGGGGACCGGCUCCGCAUGCAGGCCCAGAACUGCCUGACCAACCUGUACAAGCUGGACAAGCUGCAGUUCCGUCAGACCAUGAGGGACUACGUCAACAAGGACUCACUCAACAACAUUGUGGACUUCUUGCACGCACUCCUGGGCUUCUGCAUGGAGCCCAUCACCAACAAUAAGGCCGGGUUCGGGAACAACUUCACCACGGGGGACAACAAGUCACUGGCCCAGAACAUGGAGGCAGUGGUGGUGGGCUGCAUGUUCAAGUCUCUGAUCACUCGCUGUGCCUCCACCACGCACGAGCUGCACAGCCCUGAGAACCUGGGUCUGUACUGUGACAUCCGCCAGCUGGUGCAGUUCAUCAAGGAGUCCCAUGGCAACGUGUUCCGCAGGGUGGCACUGAGCGCGCUCCUGGACUCGGCCGAGAAAGUGGCCACCACCAAGAAGCCAGAGGAGAAGGAGGAGCCUAUCACCAAACCUACAGCAUCCAGGAGGUCAGAGGCAGGUGUGUCUGGGGAAAAGGGAGGGCAGCCGUCCACCGCUGCAGACGAGUGCCGCAGCUGCAUAUCCAGCCGCCCCCCCCAGACACCAGAGCAUGAUGAACAGAUUCCAGGGGCUCUGCUGGGCAAGAAGGACUUCUGGAGGAAGAUGUUCAAGUCACAGAGUGCUGCCAGCGACACCAGCAGCCUAUCAGAGCAGGACACGUCGGAGUGCACCACCGCCCACUCGGGCACCACCACGGACCGACGCACCCGCUCACGCUCCCGACGCAUCUCCCUGCGCAAGAAGCUCAAGCUGCCCAUCGGUAACUGGCUUAAGCGGUCAUCUCUCUCUGGGCUGACCGACGGGGUGGAGGACUUGUUGGACAUCAGCUCUGUGGACCGACUCUCCUUCAUCCGCCAGAGCUCCAAGGUGAAGUUCACCAGCAACGUGAAGCUGUCAGAGGGCGGCGGGGGAGCAGGGGGUGUGGAGUACGGCCGGGACGAGGAGGAGAAUUUCUUCAAGCGGCUCGGGCCCCAGGGGUUCCAGGAGCGCCUGGCAGCCAGCCAGGAGGCCAUGAAGAACAAGAACGUGGUGAACCUGACCGCCAUCCGCCAGGGCAUGAAACGCUUCCAGUUCCUGUUGAACUGCUGCGAGCCAGGCACCAUCCCUGACGCAUCCAUCCUGGCUGCUGCGCUCGACCUGGAAGCUCCCGUGGUUGCCAGAGCCUCCCUGUUCCUGGAGUGCGCCCGCUUCGUCCACCGUUGUAACCGUGGCAACUGGCCCGAGUGGAUGAAGGGUCACCACGUGAACAUCACCAAGCGGGGUCUGUCUCGGGGACGCUCGCCCGUGGUGGGAAACAAGAGGAACCAGAAGCUCCAGUGGAAUGCAGCCAAGCACUUCUGUCAAUGGGGAGAUGCCAUUGGUACACGUCUCAGUGAGCUGUGCCACUCAGACAGCGAGAGUCCUGCCAACAUCCUGGGUUUUAUCUAUGACGAGGAGACCAAGCGAAGAUUGAGAAAGGAGGAUGAGGAGGAGGACUACUUAGACGACAAUACAGUCAACCCAACAAAAUGCGGCUGUCCUUUCGCUCUCAAGAUGGCCGCCUGCCAGUUACUGCUGGAGAUCACCACGUUCCUCAGAGAGACAUUCCCCUGCCUCCCCCGGCCACGCACAGAGCCCCAGGUGGAUUUGGAGAGCUGUCGAUUGAGGCUGGACCCUGAGCUGAGUCACCACCGUUAUGAGAGGAAGAUCAGCUUUGCCGGUAUCCUAGACGACGAGGACGGCCACGACUCUUUGAACAGCAGCAGCCACACACUCAAGUCUGACACGGCCUGCGACGACAAGAAGGCCCAGGAGCCUCUGGCUCCCAUCAGGAAGAGUCGUGCCGGGGGCUCUCGCCUGCUGCAAAUCAAGGGGGCCAGGAGUUUCAGGGUGAAGAAGGGGGGCUCUCUGUCCUCCAUCCGCCGGGCCGGCAGCCUGAAGAGCACCAAGAUGUCCCGCCAAGACUCAGAGUCAGAGAACGAGGAGGGACUGCUGUCCCAGAGCAGGGACACUGUCACUGACAUAGGAAGUCCAUGGAGCACCAGUGAACCCAGUAUUGAGCCGGAGGGUUCAGGAGGCACCGGUGGAGCAGAGGACAACUACCACCGUAACAUGUCCUGGCUACAUAUCAUGAUUCUGCUGUGCAACCAGCAGAGUUUCAUCUGUACCCACGUGGAGUUCUGCCACCCACGCUGCUACCAGCACCACAGCCGCUCCUGUGCCCGCCUGGUGCGUGCCAUCAAGCUGCUCUACGGGGAGACAGUGGACAGCCUGAGAGAAGACAGUGCAGGGAACAUCAGUAGCCGGUCCAAGAAAAACAAGGAGUGGUCAGACAAGUCCAGUCUGAGGACCCCGUCCAUGAAGAGACGCCCCAAAGACUCCAACACCGAGGGCAAGAAGGACACGGGCAUGCUCAAGUACAUCCGCAACCAGGUGAUGAGCCUGUCCCCAGCUCCUCUGUCACUGCUGAUCAAGGCGGCGCCCAUCCUGACAGAGGACAUGUACGCAGACGUCCAGCCUGCAGCCUGGGAGCUCCUGCUGAGUGUGGACGAGCAUAUGGCUGCCGCUGCAGCUGCCAUGUUCUUGCUGUGUGCGGUGAAGGUGCCUGACGCGGUGACAGAGAUGAUGAUGGCUGAGUUCCAACACGCUGAGGCGAGCCAGCGCAUCAACUCGGUGUUCAAGUUCUACACGCUGUGGCGCUUCCGCUACCAGGUGUGGCCGCGCAUGGAGGAGGGUGCCCAGCAGAUCUUCAAGAUCCCUCCGCCCAGCAUCAACUUCACCCUGCCCUCACCUAUCCUGGGCAUGCCCUGUGUGCCCAUGUUUGACCCGCCCUGGGUACCCUCCAACACUGGCAGCGUCCAAGACCCAAUCAACGAGGACAACUCUAAAUCUUUCUCGGCGCGGGCCGUGUCGCGCUCCCACCAGCGUGCAGAGCACAUCCUGAAAAACCUGCAGCAGGAGGAGGAGAAGCGGCGUCUUGGGCGCGAGGCCAGCAUCAUCACAGCCAUCCCCGUGGCCCAGGAGGCCUGCUACGAACCCACCUGCAGCCCCCCGCCCGAGCAGGAGGAGGAAGAAGAAGAGGUCAAUCUGGCGUCUCGCCGCAUGUCCGUCACUCCGUCCUGCACCUCCAGUAACUCUCACAGGAACUACUCCUUCCGCCGCGGCUCCGUGUGGUCAGUCCGCUCCGUGGUCAGCGCAGAGGAUGAGGAGAACACUACGGAGCACACGCCCACUCAUCACAUGCUGCAGCCCCCCCAGGCCGUCUUCCCAGCAUGCAUCUGUGCCGCCGUCUUACCCAUAGUGCACCUGAUGGAGGACGGGGAGGUGCGAGAGGACGGUGUGGCAGUGAGUGCAGUGGCCCAGCAGAUCCUGUGGAACUGUCUGAUCGAAGACCCCGCCCUGGUGCUCAGGCACUUCCUGGAGAAGCUCACCGUUAGCAAUCGACAGGAUGAGCUGAUGUACAUGCUGAGGAAGCUGUUGAUGAACAUUGGUGACCUCCCAGCCCAGACCUCUCACAUCCUCUUCAACUACCUGGUGGGGCUGAUUAUGUACUUUGUGCGUACUCCGUGUGAGUGGGGUAUGGAUGCCAUCUCGGCCACGCUGACCUUCCUGUGGGAGGUGGUGGGCUACGUGGAGGGGCUCUUCUUCAAGGACCUCAAACAGACCAUGAAGAAGGAGCAGUGUGAGGUCAAGCUGCUGGUCACUGCAUCCAUGCCAGGAACCAAGACCCUGGUAGUGCACGGGCAGAAUGAGUGUGACAUUCCUACCCAGUUGCCUGUACAUGAAGACACUCAGUUUGAAGCCUUGCUCAAGGAGUGUUUGGAGUUCUUCAACAUUCCUGAGUCUCGGUCGGCACACUACUUCCUCAUGGACAAGCGCUGGAACCUCAUUCACUAUUCCAAGACCUUUGUGAGGGACAUCUAUCCGUUUAGGAGGUCUGUGUCUCCCCAGCUCAACCUGGUCCACAUGCUGCCAGAGAAAGGACAGGAACUCAUUCAGAAACAGGUGUUUUCCCGUAAACUGGAGGAGGUGGGCCGUGUUCUAUUCCUCAUCUCCCUGACCCAGAACAUGCCGGCCAUCCACAAACAGUCCCAUGUGUCCAUGCUCCAAGAAGACCUGCUCCGCCUGCCCUCCUUCCCCCGCACGGCCAUCGACGGAGAGUUCUCUCUCUUCAGCGAGCCACAGGGCAAGGAGCUCUUCGGCCUGGACACUCUCCACAAAGUCCUGUGGAUCAAACUACUGGAAGAGAUGUUUCUGGGCAUGCCCAGUGAGUACCCGUGGGGGGACGAGAUCAUGCUCUUCCUGAACGUGUUCAACGGUGCCUUGCUGCUGCACCCCGAGGACAGCGCCCUCCUCAGGCAGUACACGGCUACUGCCAUCAACACGGCCGUUCACUUCAACCACCUGUUCUCCCUGAGUGGAUACCAGUGGCUCCUCCCCACCAUGUUGCAGUCCUAUGCUGACUAUGAGAGUAACCCGCUGCUGAGACAGGGGAUAGAGUUCUGCGUCAGACAGUUCUACAUCCUGCACCGUAAACCCUUCAUCCUCCAGCUGUUUGCCAGCGUGGCCCCACUGCUGGAGUUCACAACGUGCACCAGUACAGGCCUGUCUAAGGGGGUGUCUGCUCAGUGCCUGUUUGACCUGCUGGUCUCUCUGGAGGGAGAGACGCGUGAUACCCUGGAUGCCCUGGAGCUCGUCAAGGCUGAAAAACCCCUACGAUCCCUGGACUUCUGCUAUGGUAGUGAGGACCUGGCCUUCUCCAUCAGUGAGUCCAUCAAGCUGUGUGUGACGGUGGUGGCCUACGCCCCAGAGUCUUUCAGGAGCCUACAGAUGCUGAUGGUGCUGGAGGCCCUCGUGCCGUGUUUUCUCCAGAAGCUGAAGAGCAACACCAUGACCAUGGAGUCAGCCUCGGCAGCGCGGGACGAGAUCGCCGCCAUCGCCGCCCUGGCCACCUCCCUGCAGGCCCUGCUCUACAGCUCAGAGACCCUCACACGGCCUAUGACUGCCCCCCAGUUAAGUCGCUGUGACCAGGGACACAAAGGUGCAACGACUGCCAACCACGCCAUGUCUGGAGGGCCCAACACCAGUCGCCUUGUGUCCGGCAUCAGGGACAACCUUCACCUGUUGGAGGAGGGCCAGGGGAUGCCUCGCGAGGAGAUGGACGAGCGUAUCGCCCGUGAGGAGUUUCGCCGGCCCCGGGAGUCCCUCCUGAACAUCUGCACUGAGUUCUACAAGCACUGCGGCCCGCGCCUCAAGAUCCUGCAGAACGUGGCCGGGGAACCGCGUGUCACCGCCUUAGAGCUGCUGGACAUCAAGUCCCACAUGAGAUUGGCAGAGAUCGCUCACUCCCUCCUCAAGCUGGCCCCCUACGACAGCCUGACCAUGGAGAGCCGAGGCCUGCGGCGCUACGUCACUGGGAUGCUGCCCAUCACCGAUUGGUCGUCCGAGGCCGUGCGGCCCGCCCUCAUCCUCAUCCUGAAGCGGCUUGACCGCAUGUUCAACAAGAUCCACAAGAUGCCUACGCUCAGGAGACAGGUGGAGUGGGAGGCAGCCAGUAGUCUGAUUGAAGGUAUCUGUCUGACUCUCCAGCGUCAGCCAAUCAUCUCCUUUCUCCCUCACCUCCGCUCCCUCAUCAAUGUCUGUGUCAACCUGGUGAUGGGGGUAGUAGGCCCCUCCAGUGUGGCUGAUGGGCUGCCCCUGCUCCACCUGAGCCCGUAUCUGUCCCCACCUCUACCCUUCAGCACAGCAGUGGUCCGCCUGGUGGCUCUGCAGAUACAGGCUUUGAAGGAUGACUUCCCCCUGAGCCAUGUGAUCUCCCCCUUCACCAAUCAGGAGAGGCGAGAGGGCAUGCUGCUCAACCUGUUGAUUCCAUUCGUGCUGACAGUGGGUUCAGGGAGCAAAGACUCCCCACACCUGGAGCAGCCUGAGGUCUCUCUGCUCCUGCAGACGGUCAUCAACAUCCUCCUCCCCCCGCGCAUCAUCAGCACGUCCCGGACCAAGAACUUCAUGCUGGACACGUCCCCCGCCCACUGCUCCACCCCGGGGGACCAGGGCAAGGAUCUGAGGAGAGAGGGCCUGGCCGAGUCCACCAGUCAGGCUGCAUACCUGGCUCUAAAGGUGGUGUUGGUUUGUUUUGAGCGGCAGCUGGGGAACCAGUGGUAUCGCCUCAGCCUGCAGGCCAAGGAGAUGUCUCUGAGGAAGGUGGGAGGCCUGGCCUUCUGGGACUUCAUAGAUUUCAUAGUGCGUACUCGGAUUCCCAUCUUCGUCCUGCUGCGUCCCUUUAUCCAGUGCAAGCUCCUGACCCAGCCAGCUGACUCCCAGGAGGAGAUCACGGCCCGCCACCACAUCGCUGACCAGCUGGAGCGUCGCUUCAUCCCCCGCCCCCUCUGCAAGAGCUCCCUGUUCGCAGAGUUCAACAACGAGCUGAAGAUCCUCAAGGAGGCCGUGCACAGUGGCUCUGCGUACCAGGGCAAGACGUCCAUCAGCACAGUGGGCACGUCCACCUCUGCCUACCGCCUGUCGCUGGCCACCAUGUCCCGGUCCAACACGGGCACGGGCACGGUGUGGGAGCAGGAGAGCCAGCCGUCACGCCAGCCCUCUCAGGACACGCUAAGCCGCACCGACGAGGAUGACGAACAGGAGCAGGAAGAGAAUGACUCUAUCAGUAUUCCCAGUGUGGUGAGUGAACAUGAGGUCUUCCUGCCCAGGCUCAUCACCCAGCGACGCUUCUCUAGUCACGCCACGGGCAGCGCCCAGCCUGAACCCAGCACCCGCAGCACCAUGCUGCCCAGCCACAGUGAACCCAAUGUGCUAGAUGAGUCUCAAGGACUGGAAGAGGGUAACCUGUCUAGGGUGGCCAGUGUGCAGAGUGAACCAGGCCAGCAGAACCUCUUGAACCAACCUCCGCUGGGACGCAAUAGAGGACUGAGACAGUUGCGACGCCCCCUGCUGUCUCUUCCGAAGAGUGAGGCGCGAGGACCAGGUCGCUCUGGAGCCCGACUCUCCGCCACCCGCAGGAGCAUCCAGCCCAAGAACAAACCUCUGGAAACUUUAUUGGACUGCGAAGCAACCCACGGGUGGGACCAGAAGAGGGUGGUCACCUUCACAGAGGGCCAGCAGGCUCAGGCAAAGUCCCCCGACCCCGGUGGCGCCAAUGCGCCCCCAGAGGGCAGGAAGGCCAGCCCGGCCCCUCCGAUCGCGCCCCCUGCUGCCCCUGGGGCCUCAUCCUCGGCCACCGUCAAAGCUGACCUCCACAGCCCUGCCAAGAAACAGUUAUCGAUGGAGAGCAAGGAGAAACGAGAACAGUGGGGCCUCCGCAGCAGCCUCUCUCCUCGGCCCUCCAUCUCCCCCACCCCACCCUCCUCCUGCUCUCCUCUCCCUCCUCCACCUCUCCCCAUCCCACCCUCCUCCUGCUCUCCUCUCCCUCCUCCACCUCUCUCCAUCUCUCGCACCUGUUCUCCCCUCCCCCUCUGCCGAUCCUGGGGAUCCGACCCCCGCUCCCCCCACCCACCUCUUCCAUCCUGGUCCGUCCUCCCAUCAGACCCCGAGAGCCCCGAGGACGAGGACACGACUGCCCUGCUGGGGAGGAACGCAGACACCCUCCUCCACAUUUCAGAGGACAAUGGGGGCACAGAGAACCCCCUACUCGCCCCCUGCUCUCCCCCGCCGCUUGCCCGCCCUGGCCCCACACCACUCCCCCCGCCCUGCCCCCCGCCGCUCCCCCCUCCCCAUCUCCCCAGUCGACCUGGACCUGGAUGAGUCCCACGUCUGAGAAGCGUCCCUGUAACGUUUCAGUAACGUUUUGUUAACAUUUCAGUAACAAAACUCGAAACGUAACGUUAUAACUAGGGCCAGGAGUUUUUCCCUGACUGAACUUGCGUGACCGCACUAGGAAAAAGUCCUGGCCCUAGUUACAAGGUUCUAAACUACAGACGUAGGCUAUAACUAGGGCCCGGAGUUUUGACCCUUUAGGUUAAAUCACAAGGUCCGGCUGGGGAAACUCCUGGCCCUAGUUAUGACCCUGGCAGGGUAGCUACUCUGUGUCGGUCCCCUUCUAUAUCUUUGGAGUCUGUGUUUAGACAUUGAGCUGCCUGAUAACCUUCUAGCUAACGGAGGUCAGAGGGCGCUUGAAAAAUGAACCUGUUGGAAUACUCUAAAAAUAAAAAUGCAUCCUCCCUUCCUUGAUCUGAUCUGACAUAAAAUGACUGGUGAAAUCAGUGCAGUAGAAUCCUUGCUCUCACCUAUCCAAUCACAUUAGAUUAGUGAUUACCUCAAGAAAAAGAAGGGAGGAAACAUGCAUCUUUAGAGUAUUAGAACAGGGCCAAGGACCAAUACCUGUUAGUGUUCUCCUCUUGCCCACUCCCCUGCCCCUCUCUCCCCUUCUCUCUCUGCUCUCUUCUGUCCUGUUAGAGCACCAAGAUGAAAUCCAUACUUCACUAUGUCUACAGUACCAGUGACAGUACAUCCUCACCUCUGACAUUUUAACCCAUCUCAUACCAAAGUAUUCAAAUCAAAUGCAGAAUCAACAUGCCUUCUUCACACGUCAGGGUGGAUUAAUCCAUGGAGUCCCAACAGGUGAUCAAGUGGGACUGUUACUGUUGCUAGGUAGAUCACAUUCUAUUUGUUGUGGUCUAUUGAAAAGAGAAGGGAGAGUGUUUCCAGCCAUUGGCUGCUACAAACAGACAUCUGUUUACCUUUUGGUUGACCUUGUCACCUCCCAAGAACUGUUUACAGUGAAUCUGCUGAAGGGUAAACUGUUGACUAGAGAAAUUAAAUGUACAUUAGCUAUGAUAUUAUAUAAUAUUAUGAAAUGUAUUAUAUUUAAUCCUGAAGACUAUUUUAAAGAAAGAUUUAAUAUAUAUAAUUGUCAAAGUAUUGCAGAGAGGCAUAGUAUGUUUGUCAUUAGGAUAAUAUAUUAGUGGCCUCCCAGGUGGCCACACUGCGGUCUAGGGCACUGCAUCGCAGUGAGGCGUCACUACAGACCCGGGUUCGAUCCCAGGCUGUGUCACAACCAGCCGUGACCUGGAG